GAACAGGGAAAACGAAACCUGUCUCAUCAGCAGCCUUGGACCACUGGGUGUGUCUUCAACAAGAGUGGAUUUUUUUUUCAGGACUGGAAAGAACAGAGAAAAAGGAAACUUAUAUAAUUGACGGCCGUGCAUCUCUAGAUUCGGGUUGUGUUUGGAACCUCUGUUGGACCACAUGGCAUUGUCUGGAACAGGCACAUUUGUGACUUCCCUUGUCUGUAAGAUAACAGCUUCAACAGCUAUGGCCAAGGCUGGAGGUGGAGUCUCGGGGACCAUUCUAGCUGGCUCCCAGGGGCUCACCCUGUUAGCCCAGACUGCCCUGGGCUCUGGAGCACCUGUGCUUGGAUCUGCAUUCGGAGCACUGAAGGCUGGAAGCAUCCUGUCAGGGGGCCCUGCCUAUGUCUUGGCUGUUUGUCCCACUGGAGCCAAGGCUGCUGCUGCUGUGCUCGGGGGAGCCAUGACCGUAGCUGCUGUGCCCCCCGUGCUGGGUGCUGUGGGCUUCACUGGGACAGGAAUUGCUGCCUCCUCUCUAGCAGCUAAGAUGAUGUCCUUGUCAGCUAUUGCUAAUGGGGGUGGAGUCGCGGCUGGUAGCCUGGUGGCCACUCUGCAGUCAGUGGGAGCUGCAGGACUCUCCGUGUCAUCUAAAGUCCUCUUAGGCUCUGCAGCAUCUGCCCUGGUGGCCAGUGUGAUGGGCAUCUCUCAGAGUUCCAGACCUUCUCUCCUCAGAGAAGAGGACAUGAAAAGAGAGGGGACCGGUGCCAGCUUGUCCAACCUAGAGAAUGGUCAGUUAACCCCAGGGGACAAUCUGCCAUCCUGGAAUGUACAGGAUCUACCCUUGGGACAUCAUAAUGGCAUCUCUAAGAGUUCUGUCCUUUCACUCCUCACAGAAGAGGACAGGGAAACAGAGGAGACAUCCCAAGCUUCUCCAACCCAGAGAGUGAUCACUUAACCUCAGGGAAUGACCUGUCCUCUUGGGAUCUACAGGAUCUUCUCUUCUGGAUAGUGUAAUGGCAUCUAUGUGAGAUCCAGUUCUUCUCUGUUUAGAGAACAGGGAAAAAGAGGUAACACCUCCUUGCUUGGUCAACCUAGAGAGGGAUCAGUUAACCCCAGGAGAUGAUCUUCCAGUGGCAGAUGCCUAAUUGGAAAUAAGAAAUAAAACCAAGUUGUUGACA